UUCUAGAAAAAAAAAAUGAAAAUAUUUAAAUGUAUUGGAUUCAAGUACUUCCACCGUGUGGUGUGCGCCUGUUAUUACCAGUUUGACCCUUUCUUCUUCCCUGCAUCCUCUGCACGACCACGAGUACACUUCGAUUCUUCAUCUCCCCAACUCUUUUUUAAUCUGGAUUUGGGCAACAGGGACGAUCCCGGGGACCGAAAGCUUCAUGGAUCGGAGAGGGGAGGAGGAGAGAUACUGGAACCCUAUGUGGGGAUGGAAUUCGAAUCCGAAGACGAUGCGAAGAACUUCUACGUAGAGUACGCGAGAAGAUUAGGGUUCGUGGUGCGUCUGAUGCAGAGGCGAAGAUCAGGAAUCGACGGAAGGACACUUGCUCGGAGACUGGGUUGUAACAAGCAAGGGUUUUCACCCAACAGCCAUGGAAGCACAGACUUUGGAGCAGAGAAGAGGCCGAGACACAGUGGACGAGAAGGUUGCAAAGCUACGAUUCUGGUGAAAACGGAGAUAUCUGGGAAAUGGGUCGUCACUAGAUUCGUCAAAGGACACAACCAUCCUCUCAUCCUCACUGCCUCGCCAUAUAAUUCGCUGGCCGACAAAGACAGGCAGAUCGAGGAGCUGACGAGGGAGCUCGAGCAGCAGAAUCUGUUGUGCUCGGCUUAUCGGGAAAGGUUGCUUAGGUUUAUGAACAAUGUUGAGCAACAGACAGAAGAACUGUCUUUCAAAAUCAGAGAUAUUGUCGAGAAUGUUAAGAAACUUGAAUCUGAAAUGCAUCUGAAUCUGUCUUUCGAGUAAA